GGCAACUGGCAACACUAAACUCAGGUUCAGUAAUCAGUUCAGUAUCGAGUUCUGUCUGGAAGAUAGAAUUUAAUUACUUCUAAUUCAUACGAAAGUAAGCGAAAAUGAGAAUCAAAAGUAACAGUAUUAAUUUUAAGCGAUAUGUUAUUCUAGAAUUAUUUUUACAAUGUUUUCUAAAGAGUCAUUAAACAAAAAAUGUCUAAUUAAUGACUUGUCAACCAAUCAUAUGUUACGCUAAUUAGUGAUGUCAGUGUUUGUUUAUUAUUUACAACUUUAGAAAUACUUAAUUUGCAUUCAAAAUGAAUCUACCUGGGACUACUGGAGAGUCUUCGUGUAAACGACAAGAAAAUGGCGACGGUACAAUAGAACCUGAUCGCCCACUAAAGAAAGCUCGUUUUGCUUGGCAAGUAAAAGGAAAAUAUCAUUUAAAAAAUGAAAAUACUGAAUCAAAACCCUCCAACACUUCUAAAGAAAUUGACAAACCUAGUUCAUCGAAUGAUAAUAAUAAUCAACGCAGUAACCUAGUGGGAAAUACAGAACAAAAUCUUGAAAUAUUGGGUGAUUAUUUAUUAAAACAAGAUUUCAAUACUCUUGAUUCUAUUACUGAUGCUGAAAAAAUUUUACCGCCUAGCACAUCUAAUGAUAAGAUCCCAUAUCCAAGAUAUAUAAGUUCCUUUGAAAGUUCAUCUCAAGGUAACAGGAGUAGUAGUGAUGAAGACAAUGUACAAUCUCCUAUGUCACUAGUGCACACAAAUAAUUAUACAGAGGAUCAGUGUAUAGCUCGAUGGCAAGCAAGACAAAUGGCCAAAUGCUUUGUAGAUAAUACCAUUAAUCGAGUUUUGGAUAAUUGGAUGAUCGCUCCUUUGCCUACAGAUAUGGAUAACAAUAGAUUUUUAGCUCUAGAUGUUGCAGAAUUUAUAAAUAAUUUACCUGGUGAUAAUACAAUUGAAAAUGAAGGAAUUUUGAUGGCAAUUUCUGCACAUGGUCUACAAAAUACAUCAAGUACAAGUAGUAAUGAUAAUGGAAAGAAUAUAAGUACCAAUUAUAAUAAGGAUGUCACCAACUCACCUUCAAGUAGUCCGAUUCCAUCCGACGAUGAAAUAUCUCCUGCACCUAGUAAAAGCAUCAAGAAUAAUGAACUAAGCUCUUCUAGUGACUUGGAUAUGUCUUGGUCUUUUGAAGAAGAAUCUAAGCAGUGUGAUAAUAAUGAUUUACAAUUAACUUUCUUCCCUGAAAAAUCAAGUUCUUAUAAGUAUUAUGGUGACAAUGAUCCUUUAGAAAAUUCCGGUAUUGAGUGUGAUGGUGAUGAAACACUUAAUGGAAAUGAUGAUAUAAUGGAUAAUUAUGAUUUCCUUGAUGCGGCAGUAACAUUUGCAAUACAAAAUAAAGGAUUAACAUCAUUUGGUACAGACUAUGGAUAAUAUGCUUAAGAAUUUACUUAAUCUAAAACUAAAAGAGUAUUUUAAAAUAAGUCAGUGUAUCAGAUAGUUAGGAAUAAUAGAAUACUUGAUGUUUGUAUACAACUAAUAUUAAAUAACUCUACUCUAACUGCCAGAAAAAAGUUGUUACCUUGUAAAAUUAACAUUAAGUACACUUUCUACUUGCAGUGUAAUGUUGUGUUUAUUCAUUUUUUCGAAGAAGCAUAUUUAUAUACUUAAUUGUGAGACUGAACUUAUUGUCUUGUAACAUUUUCUAAUGUUAAUUUGUUUAUCAGUUAUUUUUAUUAUAAUAUCAUAGAUGUACAUAGAAUAUUGUAAAAGUAAACUUUUAACAUAAGAUAAGCAAUUAAUGAUACAUUAGAUCUGAAUUUAUUUGUAACAAUUCAAUAGAUUUCAUUGUUAUCCUGGUGCUUAUGUGUUUAUAUAUCACACUAAGUUGUAUUUAAAAGAAUAAGACUGCAAAAUAUAUAAAAAAUACAACUUUAAUUUCUUUAAAAAUACUUAUUAUUUUCAGUUUGGUAACAGUGUUAAAAAAAUAAAAAACAAAAUAUUGAAGAAAUAGAACUAUGAAAUGAUGGUAUCCAUCUGUUUUAAAACAAAAUUUCAGUGAUUGAAAAAAAACCAAACAGGAAAUUGCUGUAUAUUAGUCCGUUACUUGAUCUGGGAUUUUUAUGGUGGUAAAAUGAUUGUGUACAUUUUUGUAGUUAAUAUUGUAUCAUAUCUAGAAAAAAAAUUGGUGUACUUUACCAGAUUGUUUCUUUGUGUCAUGUGUGAAUCAAUGUACGUAUACUACUAUUUAAAUUUCAAUUUAUUUUUAAGUUACCACCAACGAACGCAUUUAUUUUUACAACAUAUAUUUUGGGUUCAAUAUAUGAUUUUAUAUAAGUCGAGGGACUUGUUUGUGCAAUUAUGUAAAUCGCGAAAACAGUGUGUACCUACCUACAUUAAAUAUUUUGUGUAAAUUUUAAUUUAAAUGAAAUAAAAUUAUUUUAACAAAUUA